AUAAGAAUCGACAAAAAAAAACGAAGACUAAAGCUAGAGAAGAAAAAACACUUCCAAAAAAAAUAAUGAGUUCUUCGUCUUCCUCCUCUUCUUCUUCUUCUUCUUCUCGCAGUAAAUUUAUGGAUUCAGGAUUUGUAAUCGGACAAAAAGAAGUAACAAGAAUCUUGAUACUGUUUCUUGGUUUAACUGCUUCAUGUCUAGUUUUAUACAAAACAGCUUACCCUCAACGACUUGAUGUCAACAAUCUCACCUCUCUCCUCGCUUUUCCAUCUCCACUAUUACCAAAUCUCAACUCAUCAGAGAUUUCUCCAGAAACAAUAAAACCAAAGCUCUUCAAGGAAGAAUUUUUGGAGAAUGCGUCAACGAAGAACAAGACAGUGAUUAUAACGACGUUGAAUCAAGCUUGGGCAGAACCAAACUCUUUGUUUGAUCUCUUCUUAGAGAGUUUUCGUAUUGGACAAGGAACACAACAACUGCUUAAACAUGUAGUAGUGGUUUGCUUGGAUCCCAAGGCGUUUCAACGAUGUUCACAACUUCAUACUAAUUGCUACCAUAUUGAAACCUCGGAAACUGAUUUCUCCGGCGAGAAAGUUUACAACACUCCUGAUUAUCUUAAGAUGAUGUGGCGCAGAAUCGAGCUUCUUACACAAGUUCUUGAGAUGGGUUUUAACUUCAUCUUCACGGACGCAGAUAUAAUGUGGCUUAGAGAUCCCUUUCCUCGGCUAUAUCCAGAUGGAGACUUCCAAAUGGCAUGUGAUAGAUUCUUUGGAAAUCCUUAUGAUUCAGACAAUUGGGUCAAUGGUGGUUUCACAUACGUGAGAUCAAACAAUCGAAGCAUUGAGUUCUACAAAUUCUGGCACAAAUCUCGUCUGAAUUAUCCGGACUUGCAUGAUCAAGAUGUGUUUAACAGAAUCAAGCACGAGCCUUUUAUCUCUGAGAUUGGAGUCCAAAUGAGAUUCUUUGAUACGGUUUACUUUGGUGGGUUUUGUCAAACGAGCAGAGACAUAAACUUGGUUUGCACAAUGCAUGCUAAUUGUUGUAUUGGUUUGGACAAGAAGCUUCAUGAUCUGAAUCUUGUUCUUGAUGAUUGGAGAAAGUAUCUGUCUUUGUCAGAACCAGUACAGAACACGACGUGGAGUGUUCCUAUGAAAUGUUUAGAGGAUUGAGAUUUCCUUUUCUGUUUCUUUUUAUUUUUGAGAUUGGAUGAAAAAUAUAAUUUAAAAUUAAGAUUUUAUUGUUGUUGGUGCAAGGAAUAUUGUUCUAACUCUGUAAUCUCUAAUCAAAUAAAUUUUUUGAUGGU